AUGACGAACCCCUCGACGUCACCUGAACCUCACUUGCACCAUAAUCAGCUCUCGUCCACUUGGCUCGCGCCAUCUCGAGACUCCAUGGCAUCUCGCCCAGAAACACUCUUGCAGGAAUGCACGCAACGGCCGCGUCCCAGUGGUACCACUCUAAGUGGUACAGCUCGCCGCAGUAGCCGGUGCAAAAAAAGACGCACCGACUCAGAACUGCCGGCUUCUGAUUCCCGCGCGGUGAAAAAGAUGUUGAAGUUGGCACUAGCCAAGUCAAUUGUUGAGACGAAAAUGGAGCACAAGUCGGUGCCGUUGCCACAUGGAGCUGUGUUUUACCCCACUCAAGAGCAAUUUGCUGAUCCGAUCAAGUACAUUGCAAGUAUUGAGCACGAAGCUGCUCGUACGGGCAUCUGCAAGAUCGUUCCUCCACGAGGGUGGAAUCCUACUUUUGCUAUUGAUUUAGAAGACGAUCACGUGCAUUUUGGCACGAGAAAGCAGAAAAUUCAUGAGCUGCAGGAAGGACGUGCAUAUGGCAAAGGCAGAACGCACACGUUCAAGUCGUUCCGGGGAGAUGCUGACGCUUUUCGGAAGCGGUGGUUUAGUUCGAGGGGACUUGACCCGACAACAACAACGUCGGAUGAGGUUGAACAGGAGUACUGGCGAGUUGUCCAGAUGGGAGGACCUCGUACUGAGGUGGAAUACGCCAAUGACCUUGAUAUUGCGCAAGUUGGCAGCGGGUUUCUGCGCUCCAGCAAGCGGUUCGCAUCUCAGGCGACAAAAGGACGGGAAGCAAUUGACUUUACAAAUCCGGAAUACUAUCGAAAUACUGGAUGGAACCUGAACAACCUCCCGGAUGCGUAUGGCUCGCUGCUUCGUCAUUUAGGUGCGGCAAUCAAUGGCAUUAACGUGCCGUGGUUGUACUGCGGUAUGUUAUUUGCAUCAUUCUGCUGGCAUGCCGAAGACAAUUACAUGUCGAGCAUUAACUACCACCACUUUGGUGCCAAGAAGCGAUGGUACGGCAUUCCUUCCUCAGAUGCUGAAAAGUUUGAGGCUGUAAUGAGGACGCAAGUGCCCGAGCGUUUCCGGGAGAGCCCGGAUUUGCUUCUGCAUCUAACUACUAUGGUGGCUCCAUCAGUUCUGCAAGAUCGAGGUGUGAGAGUAUUCACACUUUUUCAAGAGCCUGGAGAAAUUAUUCUGACUUUUCCCAAGGCGUACCAUAGUGGCUUUAGCGAAGGCUUUAAUUGCAACGAAGCUGUGAACUUUGUGCUGCCAAACUGGAUCGACUUUGGAAAAGAGUGCGUCGAGAUGUACCGUAGUUACGGACGAGUAUCUAUCUUUUCGCACGAUCGAUUCGUGUUCCACUUCGGGUCGACGCAAAGUCUUGAUGGGUAUUCCGUUGCGGACUGUGAGAUGUUGCUGAGAGAGUUGCGGCGGUUGUUUCACGAGGAGAGAGGAUACAAAAAGGCUUUUCUUGCCGAAGGGUUACAGAAUGUAGAGGAGUUAAGCGGCGAUGUUAUGCUGGACGAGCAGUCCAUGGAUGUGGAUGACGUACGGCAGUGCUUCUUGUGCAAGCACAAUGUUUUCUUUUCGGGUGUUAUCUGUGCAUGCCAUCCCAAUCGAUUAUCGUGCUUGCGUCACACAAAGCAAAUGUGCGACUGCGCGAUUCGGAAACGCACGCUGCUGCAGUGGGUAAGCACGGCUGAACUACGGUAUGCGAUUCGACGCGUGCAGACAAAGAUGCGAGCCCUGAAAGAAGAAGGUGGUACAUCAAACUUGAGUCAACUGCAACUCGGAGGUAGAAGCGUCAAUUGCUACUGCGCGUUGGACCUGAACAAGUCUAUGACCUGCCGGCGUUGCAAGCGUUCGCUAUAG